GGCCAGCCAGGCUCAGAAGCAGGGGAUAUUUGACCAGGAGAUCUGCCCAGUAACCACAAAGUUUGUUGACGAGGACGGCUCUGAACGUACGGUUACCGUAACCAAGGACGAUGGGAUCCGGCCCGGUACCACGCUGGCGGGGCUGACCAAACUCCGAGGGGCUUUCAAACCUGACGGCAGUACCACCGCAGGUAACUCCAGCCAGGUGAGUGACGGUGCAGCAGCUGUGCUGGUGGGCAGGAGGUCCGUGGUGGAGUCCCUGUCUCUGCCAGUCCUGGGGGUGCUGAAGGCCAGUGCUGUGGUGGGGGUACCCCCUGACGUCAUGGGUAUCGGACCAGCCUAUGCCAUCCCUGCUGCUCUGAGGCAGGCCGGUCUGACUGUAGCUGAUAUUGAUGUGUUUGAAAUCAACGAGGCGUUCGCCAGCCAGGCUGUGUAUUGCGUGGAGAAGCUGGGGAUCCCCAUGGAGAAGGUGAACCCUAACGGAGGAGCCAUCGCCCUGGGUCACCCUCUGGGCUGCACCGGGGCCCGCCAGGUUGUCACCCUGCUCAACGAACUCAAACGCAGGGGCAGGAGGGCCUAUGGCGUGGUGUCCAUGUGUAUCGGAACAGGGAUGGGAGCUGCAGCAGUGUUUGAGUACCCUGGGCCUUAGAGGGAGCUGAUCAAUAAUAAUAUUGAUGAAGAGCUUACACUGUGACGCUUCUUACACCUUUGACAGAAUCCGCCGUGGAUUAACUGUUGAGGUGUUCCUGCCCUGACUAUUGAGUACUGACAGUUUUGUCAGCUGUGUGAUUCAUCACAGAGUGCAUGUAUUUACAUUCCAUAUAAAUGACGGCACGAGAACUGACUGGUUAAUCAUUCCAUAGAUUACUGUAUGUUAAUUCCUUGCCAAAGUCUGAUAAAUCUUUUAAGUGCCUUGCAUUUCAGGAAAGCAAUGCAUCAUUGUGCUUUGAUACACCGCUGUAUAAAUCAAUCUGUAAAUAUGUGAUUUAGUUUGACAUUUUCAAUGUUUGGGGCUGAAAGGGUGAUAUGGAAUAACAUGGGGUAGAAUAGUUAGGUGAUAUGGAAUAACAUGGGGUAGAUUAGUUAGGUGAUAUGGAAUAACAUGAGGUAGAUUAGUUAGGUGAUAUGGAAUAACAUGGGGUAGAUUAGUUAGGAGAUGGUGAUAUGGAAUAACAUGGGGUAGAAUAGUUAGGUGAUAUGGAAUAACAUGGGGUAGAUUAGUUAGGAGAUGGUGAUAUGGAAUAACAUGGGGUAGAAUAGUUAGGUGAUAUGGAAUAACAUGGGGUAGAAUAGUUAGGAGAUAUGGAAUAACAUGAGGUAGAUUAGUUAGGUGAUAUGGAAUAACAUGGGGUAGAUUAGUUAGGUGAUAUGGAAUAACAUGGGGUAGAAUAGUUAGGUGAUAUGGAAUAACAUGAGGUAGAUUAGUUAGGUGAUAUGGAAUAACAUGGGGUAGAUUAGUUAGGUGAUAUGGAAUAACAUGAGGUAGAUUAGUUAGGUGAUAUGGAAUAACAUGGGGUAGAUUAGUUAGGAGAUGGUGAUAUGGAAUAACAUGGGGUAGAAUAGUUAGGUGAUAUGGAAUAACAUGGGGUAGAUUAGUUAGGAGAUGGUGAUAUGGAAUAACAUGGGGUAGAAUAGUUAGGUGAUAUGGAAUAACAUGGGGUAGAAUAGUUAGGUGAUAUGGAAUAACAUGGGGUAGAUUAGUUAGGUGAUAUGGAAUAACAUGAGGUAGAUUAGUUAGGUGAUAUGGAAUAACAUGGGGUAGAUUAGUUAGGAGAUGGUGAUAUGGAAUAACAUGGGGUAGAAUAGUUAGGAGAUGGUGAUAUGGAAUAACAUGGGGUAGAAUAGUUAGAAGGUGAUAUGGAAUAACAUGAGGUAGAAUAGUUAGGAGAUGGUGAUAUGGAAUAACAUGGGGUAGAAUAGUUAGGAGAUGGUAAUAUGGAAUAACAUGGGGUAGAAUAGUUAGGAGAUGGUGAUAUGGAAUAACAUGGGGUAGAAUAGUUAGGAGAUAUGGAAUAACAUGAGGUAGAAUAGUUAAGCACUAUUUGCACGGGACUAGUAUUACUAGAGAACGUUGGUUAUGUAAUUAUUACUCUAGAAUGUCCAUUAUCCCAGAGGAUGACUGGGAUGGGAUUAGUUUUUCCAAACUGACCCCUGUAAUUCUUACUUUUUCCCAAUAAAUUCACAGUUCUGACAGAA